AUGCGGCGUACCUCCGUCUCUCUGCCCAAACACAAACAAGGCCUCGCCCACGAUCCACACGAGAAGCCGGCUCGCUACCAACCGCGACAAGUCGGCACCCUGGAGAAACUCAAGAACGACAUGAUGUCCCAGGCCCAGAAGACGCGCUGGCUCAAAACCGGCGCGCUCGUCUUCUUCGUCCUGGUCGGACUCUACUACCUCGCCCCCUCAGGCGUCGAUGUCUACCGCGGCUCUGGGUCGCCGUCCUCAGGCGGUGGCGGCCAGACCCCCUCCGACUCGAGCUAUGGCACAACCUACUGCACAAAGUCCUUCUCCAAGGACAAGCCCAUCGUGCAAUAUGUCAACAUGAUCGACGCUGGCAGCACCGGCUCCCGCAUCCACGUCUACAAGUUCAACAACUGCGGUCCCACGCCCUUCCUCGAGAACGAGGUCUUCAAGAUGACCAAGAAGGUUGAGGGAAAGAGCAGCGGCCUCAGCGCAUAUCCCGACGACCCACAGGCCGCCGCCGACAGUUUGAACAUCCUCAUGGACGAGGCUAUGGCAACCGUGCCGGACAAGCUCAAGGGCUGCUCCCCAGUUGCUGUCAAGGCCACCGCCGGUCUGCGUCUCCUCGGCCCUGAGAAGUCGCAGAGGAUCCUGGACACCGUGCGCACUCAUCUCGAGACCAAGUACCCUUUUCCCGUUGUGUCAGCCGAUAACGAAGGCGUUGCCAUCAUGGAUGGGAAGGACGAAGGCGUCUACGCAUGGAUCACGACCAACUACCUGCUCGGCAACAUCGGUGGGCCAGACGAGAGCUCCACCGCGGCCGUGUUCGAUCUGGGAGGUGGUUCCACGCAGAUCGUCUUCGAGCCCAACUUCAAGGGCGUGACGGACGGUGGCCUGCCGAGCAAGAUGGCCGAAGGCGACCACAAGUACGACCUGGACUUUGGCGGGCGCCACUUCACCUUCAGCAGCCCAGACAAUUCCUGGGCGUCGAAGCCCAUCGUGAACCCGUGCCUCGCGUCGGGCACCUCCAAGGUGGUCACCGUGAAGCUGGGCGACUCGCACCCGCUCGGCGCAACGCGCGAGUUCAACUUCACCGGCCCCUCGUCCGGCGGCGCGCCCGCGCAGUGCCGCAGCCUGGCCGAGAAGAUCCUCAAGAAGGAGGCCGAGUGCAAGCUGGCCCCCUGCUCCUUCAACGGCGUGCACCAGCCCGCCCUGGCCAAGACGUUCACCACGCAGGACGUCUUCUUCCUGUCGUACUUCUACGACCGCACCCAGCCGCUCGGCAUGCCCGACAGCUUCACGCUGCGCGAGAUGCAGGACCUCGCGGCGCGCGUGUGCGGCGGCGCGCGCGACGGCGGCUGGGACGUGUUCGCCAGCGUCGGCGGCGCCCUCGAGGAGCUCGAGGACCGCCCGGAGCACUGCCUCGACCUGAGCUUCAUGGUGGCGCUUGCGCACGCCGGCUACGAGAUGCCCAUCGACCGCGAGGUGAGGAUCGCGAAGAAGAUUAAUGAUAAUGAGCUGGGUUGUCUCCCGCUGCUGUCCCAAAACUCGGGCUGGCAGUGCAGGGUCACUGAGAUCCACUAG